AUGGUCAACGACCGGUGGAAGACCAUGGGCACCGCUUCCCAACUUGAGGACCGGCCUCGCGACAAACCUCAGCGGCCGAGCUGUGGCUACGUGCUGUGCACGGUGCUGCUGUCGCUGGCUGUGCUGCUGGCCGUGGCUGUCACCGGCGCGGUGCUCUUCCUGAAUCACGCACAUGCUCCCGGCACGGCGCCCCCACCUGUCGUCAGCACGGGGCCCGCUGGUGCCAACGGCGCCCUGGUCACUGUGGAGAGAGCGGACAGCUCGCGCCUCAGCAUCCUCAUCGACCCGCGCUGCCCGGACCUCGCCGAUGGCUUCGCCCGCCUGGAGGACGCCCAGGCCUCCGUGCUGCGGGCGCUGACCGACCGCCCGGCCGAGCCCCAGCUGGUGGGCGAACAGGACAGGGAGCUGCUGGACUCGCUGGCCGACCAGCUGCCCCGGCUGCUGGCCCGGGCCUCGGAGCUGCAGGCGGAGUGCGCGGGGCUGCGGAGGGGCCACGGCACGCUGGCCCAGGGGCUCGGCGCCCUGCAGAGCGAGCAGGCCCGCCUCGUCCAGCUCCUCUCCGAGAGCCAAGGCCGCAUGGCUCACCUGAUGAACUUGGUCAGUGACAUCCUGGACGCCCCGCACAGGGACCGGGGGCUGAGCCGGCCCCGCGUCAAGGCUGACCUGCAGAGGGCGCCUGCCAGGGGAUCGCGGCCCCGGGCCUGUGCCAGCGGCUCUCGGCCCCGCGACUGCCUGGACGUCCUCCUGAGCGGCCGGCAGGAGGACGGGGUUUACUCCGUCUUCCCCACGCACGACCCCGCCGGCUUCCAGGUCUACUGCGACAUGCGCACGGACGGCGGCGGCUGGACGGUGUUUCAGCGGCGGGAGGACGGCUCCGUGAACUUCUUCCGAGGCUGGGAGGCGUACCGGGACGGCUUCGGCAAGCUCACAGGAGAGCACUGGCUAGGGCUCAAAAGGCUGCACAUGCUGACGGCGCAGGCGGCCUACGAGCUGCACGUGGACCUGGAGGACUUCGACAACGGCACAGCCUACGCCCGCUACGGGAACUUCGGCGUGGGCCUGUUCUCGGUGGACCCCGAGGAGGACGGCUUCCCGCUCACGGUGGCUGACUACUCGGGCACCGCAGGGGACUCCCUCCUGAAGCACAGCGGCAUGAGGUUCACCACCAAGGACCGUGACAGCGACCACUCAGAGAACAACUGCGCUGCCUUCUACCGUGGCGCCUGGUGGUACCGCAACUGCCACACGUCCAACCUCAACGGGCAGUACCUGCGCGGCGCGCACGCCUCCUACGCCGAUGGCGUCGAGUGGUCCUCCUGGACCGGCUGGCAGUACUCGCUCAAGUUCUCCGAGAUGAAGAUCCGGCCUGUCCGCGAGGACCGCUAG